ACAUUUUAUUUAGUGAAAAGUAUUAUAAGAACAGCUGAGURCUGCUUUUUCGAUACGCUCUUCGACCAUUUGAAAAUCGAAAAAAAUCUUCGACAUGAAGUGAAUACCUGCGCUGUCAUGAUUUGCUUGAUGAUAUCAACCUAUUUUUGACCGGGUUUCACUCUUUGAAUAUGGCAUCAUUAUCUGGUUGUAUAGGCUGGCCUAUAACAGGAGACAAGACCAUCGAGUUUGCAAAGAAUCCAAAUGAAUUUGUACAAAGUAGAAUAGACACAUUUGGUUGUAGAAUCUUUCAGACAAGAGUUUUGAAUAGGGCACAUGUGUUUGUGGCAUCUAGCAGAGGUGUCAAGGAAAUUUUGCAAGAUCAAGCCCAUGUUCUUGAUAUGGGUUAUAAAGACUUUGGCUACAUGUACAGCCUGUAUGGUGAUCUUUUGAUCUUUAAUAGUGACGAUGAAGCUAUAAGAUUACGGAAGAUACUCUGCUCUACCCUCAGAUCUGAUAACAUGGCCAGACAUUUAGCAGAAGUAGAUGUUAUUUGUUCUAGAGUUUUAGAAGGGCUUGAAUUGAAUGGACCAAUACCGCUAUACAAACAACUGAAGUUACUCACCACACAAAUCUGCCUUACUCUUUUUCUUGGACUGGAUUUUGAWGCAGCAAGUCAUGAAGCUGAAGAUAUCAUUGACUUGACUAUUGCUCACUGGCAUGGUCUUAUAUCAGUUCCACUAAGCAUUAGUGUUUAUGGCCACAAGUCAGGGUACAGUAAAGCUAUGGCUGCUAAGAAACGACUAGAAGAAAUCAUUAGAAAACAACUGGAAACUGGUCCAUUUUCAAAAGGUUCAGUCUUUCAGCUGUUAAAAGAUGCAGAAUUUCAAUCAACGACAGAACUAGCCAAUCACCUUCUGCUGUUUGCAUCAGCUUUAGUUCCUAAAGCUCUGGCUUCCCUUCUGGUGUCAUUUUGUAUGGAGAUGUCCAAACAACAGAAUAUUGAGAAACUUUGCAAAGCAGCAGAAGACGAUAGUUACCUGGAUGAUGUCUUACUUGAAGUGAAGCGAUUGUGGCCGCCUUUUCUUGGUGGAAGAAGAAAAGCUAAAAAAGAUGUCAUAAUCGAUGGACACAAAGUACCCGAGGGAUAUUACGUCGCGUACCUAACACGAGCUGCAAACUGUGACCCAAGUGUGUUUCCCGAGCCUUUUCAAUUCAACCCAGAACGCUGGAAAACAUGUAAUGAAGAACAUAAAGAUCUGGUUUGGACUUUUGGUUCUGGUCCAAGAAUGUGUGUUGGGCAUGACUUUAUACAGAAAAUAAUUAAGUUGAUCACCAAGUACCUACUCCAGCGUUAUACAUGGUCACUUCCAUCAGGACAAGAUCUUAGGUAUAAAUGGCUGCCAGUAUCUCGACCAAAGGCUGACGUACAAGCCGUAUUUCUUAGAAGACAAGAUGCUGUUUAGUGUCAUUCAUUGGUGAUGGUGUCAUGUUGGAUUGACGGCYAUGCUGGUGUCAUGAGAAUAUAUUUUUUGUAAAGACGCCAUAACGUCACUCCAGCAAAUUAGGAACAUUUCGUAUCUUAACUCAGUGAUGUGUAACGAAACUGAUCACGGCACAGUCACGGAACUAUAUCCUAAAGCCAUAAACAUUUUUACUCUUGGUGCCCUAGCACGGCGSCCGGAUUCRCGCACUAGCUCAAACAUUGCAGUUUGCCUUGUGCGAAGGCGAAACUGAAAGUCCAGGAACGCCGGUACCCGAGUGCUAGAGUACCAGUACCAGUAGAUCUAGACCUUGUAUUCGGGCGAUAAACGCGGUAAUGGUGCCCGAGCCCAAGUGUGAACAAGGCCAUAUCAAAAAGCACUGUAUACGAAAACGCCGUAUCUCAGUUUAGCAAACUUAUACUAGAUCUGUUCUGGAUUUUUAGUCAGCCUAUUAAAUGGGUUCUUAAUAUUUUAAUUCCAGUAAAUAUAAUAKGCCUGGAUGUUCAGUA